AUGAGCCAACCCCACGGUACCAAUCCAGGUCAAGGAAUGGACCCACCCCAUCGGGUUCCGAUGCUAUACAUAUCGCCUCCCGUAACAGACUCAAUCCCAGAAGUCGAAGCAGCUUCUGUCCCUCAUACCCAAUGCCCAGUUUAUAACCUAUUCGAAACACAAGAAACCGAUAUAUUCCCACAAGGUCCAACGGUCCCACAGCAAUCUAGUUCAGACGAAAACAUACCAGCCUGUACAAGCUUUCAGAACGAGAAUAGACAAAUGGAUCAACCAAGCUCCGCGGAUGGUGGGCCACAACUUGAUCCUAUUUCCCAGGAUCCUACUUCCGAUAUCGCUCGUUCCUAG